UAUGUUAAAUAUAAUAAACCUUGAUUAAUUAACUAUAAAGAACAUUAAUUUUCUUUAUAAUAGUCUGAUUUGUUAUUUAAACUUUAAGAAAUAUUUAAUUUUUAAAAAUAUUGUAGUCUAUGAAUCUUGUCAAAUAAUAUUUAACUAAGAUAAUGUCUACUCUAAAUAAAAUAUCGAUUCAAGGCAUUAGAAGUUAUCAUCCAGAUGAAAAACAAACUGUUGUUUUUCAAAAACCUUUAACAUUAAUAUUAGGUGAUAAUGGAUGUGGUAAAACCACAAUAAUUGAAUGUCUCAAGUAUGCUACUUGUUCAGAUCAACCUAAAAAUACAAAAAAUGGAGGAUUUGUCUGGGAUCCAAAACUGUCUGAUCAUAUGACUGUAAAAGGUCAAGUAAAAUUAUAUUUUAAUGAUACCAAAAAUGUCUCUGUGGUAGUUUCUAAAACAUUAGAGUCAACACAAAAAUUAAAAAAUAUUACUACUAGAAGUUUGGAUCAAACAAUUUCUAUUAAUGGAAGUUCUGCAUCACAUAAGUGUGCUGAUAUUGAUGAAAUAAUGUGUACCCACUUAGGAGUAUCUAAACCUAUUUUGAGAGAUGUCAUAUUUUGUCACCAAGAAGAUUCAAAUUGGCCACUUGAUGAAGAUAAAAAACUAAAAGAGAAGUUUGAUUCUAUAUUUGAUGUUGGAAAAUAUGAUAAGUGUAUCGAUCAAAUACGGAAAGAAAUAAAAGGAAUUAAAGAAGAUCAAAAAUUGAGUGAAAAUAAUAUUCACUUUAAAAAAGGAUUGAGAGAUGAAGCAAGAAGUAAAAGAGCCACUAUUGAUGAAAAAAAAGCAAAAUUAGAAGUUUUGCGCAGUGAAAUUGUUAAAAUAGAUGAAAAAGUUAUUCCAUUAGAAACAAGAGAUAGAGACAUUUCUAACAUAGAAAAUCAAUUGUCAAAACAACAGGGAGAAUUGAUAUGCUUAGAAAAACAGCUAAUAUAUAUUAAAGAAGCACAAAAUAAUUUACAGAAUGAAAUAAUAAUUGAAUUUAAGGGGAGUGAUUUAGAACUUGAUGAAGAACUCUUUAAUUUUAAUCAAAAUUUACUGCAAAAAGAAGAAGAAAAAAAUAAAUUAGAAAUUAUUAUAGCCACAGCAUAUAAUAAAGAAAAGAACACUCAAGAAAAAUUAAAUAAAGAAGAAAUAAAACGUGGACAGUAUUUAAAUGAAGAAAAGCAACAAGCAAACUCUAUUCAAAAUCAAAACCUAAACUUAUCUAAAUUAGUACAAGAAAUGAAUAUUGAUUUGCAUGAUGAAAUAACAGAAUCUAACCAAAAAGAAGCUAUAGCUAAACUUUCAGAUUUUCUUAAAAAUAUGAACAAUUCAUUAGAGUUAACUAAAAAUCAAAAUAGCCAAGUCGAACAUGACAUUCAAUUAGAAAUGGAUAAAAUAAGGGAGAUGAAAGCAAAACUGGAACAUGAAAUUCUUUUAAAAGAAAAACAAUUAAAAGAAAACCAAAUUGAAAUUACAAAUGCUAAAAAAGCCAUUGAUCGAGUAAAAAGUUCAGCAAAUAAACUUCUAACCCUCAAACAAGAGUCAUUAAAUGUUGAUGAAAAACUUGAAAAUUUAUAUAUUUCUUUGGAUGUAAAACGUAUAAAAAGCGAAAUAAGUGUAAAUUAUGAUGAAAAACUUGAUUUGGAGUCAAAAUUGAAAAAUGUGGAUGAGGAAGUACAAACAUUACAGUUACUAAGUGUUGAUCAAGCUGAGCUCAAUACAAUAAAAUCAAAUAAGUGUGGUAUUGAAAACAAACUGACUAUCCUUAAAAAUAAAGUCAAUCAUGUUUUAACUAAUCUACUUGGAAGUAUUCCUAAAAAUAAUUUGAAGUAUGAAUUUAAUUUAGCAUUGGAAAAACUGACUAAUACAAUUAAAACUAAUCGAAAAUUGGUAACCGAAAAGCAAAAACAGCUAACUACACUCGAAACUAGUCACAAGCAUAAAAUAGAAAAUUUACGGGCUAAACAAAAAACCCUGACUGAUGAUGAAAAUGCUAUGUAUGAAAUGUGUCAAGGUCAGGAAUAUGAAUUAAUUUUAAAAGAAGUUAAUGAAAAAGUUGAAGAGUUACAAGCUUUAAAAGGUUCUGUUUCUACAUCAGAACAUCUUUUUAAACAAUAUAUAAAAAAAUUAGAAGCUGAAAAACCAUGCUGUCCAUUAUGUCAUAGGAGUUUUGGAACAGUUGAUGAUGUUACAGAACUUAUAAAUGACCUGAGUAUAAGAGUUCAAAAAAUUCCCGAUGAGCUAGAAAAUACAGUUUCACAGUUAGAAACAUUUCUGGAAAAACAAACAAACCUGCAUGAAUUAAAGCCUAUAUACACUCGCAUUUCUUUACUAAGUGUUACAGAUAUACCCAAUCUCAAAAAUGAAAUUGUAAAUAUUGAAGUAAAAAUGAAAAAUUGUAGAGAAGAAUUAAGUCAACUUUCAGAAAAUAAUAGUAAAUUAGAAGUAGACGAAUCUAACACGAAGGCCAUUCAAUCAGAUAUAACAUUGAUUGAUAGUUAUACUAAUGAAAUCUCUCAUUUAGAAAAAAAAGAACAUCAACUAGAAAACAAAUUAAGUAUAACUGGAUUUAAAAAAACACUUCAAGAAGCAUUAUCUGAACAAAGUUCUAUCAGAUCUCUUUUGUAUGAUACUAAUAAAAGUUUGGAAAAUAAUCAGAAUGCUUUAGCUAAGUACAAUGAAAUAUUACAUGAGUUACAACAAAAAAAAAAUAAGAUUACUUCUGAGGAAUUGGAUAUUAAAACUCAAGUGCAAGCUGAAAAAGGUUUAAUGGAUAAAUUAGUUGAUUUACAAACUCUGAAAACAUCACUAAGAAAUGAAUUAGAUGUUGCUAUUAAUUCUAUUGAACCCGUUAAAGAUAACUUAAAUAGAUGUUCUAAAUCAUUAGAACAAAAAAAAAAAAAACAUAUUUUGCUAAUUGAAGAAGAAGGAAAAAAAAUUAAAUGGUUAGAAAGAAAAUUGGAUGAAACAAUAAGUUUGCAAAAAAUAAUUGAUGAUUAUAAUGAAAAUUGUAAUUCACAACGAAUUAAAGAUGUAGAAUUUAUAAUAGCAAAAUUAAAAGAAGAAAUACAGUAUUUUAUUGAUGAACAAUUAAAAUAUCAAAAAGAAAUUGAUUUUAUCAAAGAAUUUUGCACCAAUCAAAGGGCACAAAAAUUUGAUUUUGAAAACAACAAAAAACUAAGAAAUAAACUCAAAGAAGAAAAUAAAUGUAUUGCAGAAAUAAACAACCUGAAAACUAAAAUUGGUGACAAUGAUAUAAAUGAAUUAUUAUUGGAAAAAAAAAAAAUUAGACAAACAUUAGAAACUUUUUAUUCUGAGAAAAAUUUUGCUAGAGGAAAAAAAGAAGAAAUUGAUAAUAUUAUUCAAAAGAUCAGUACAGAAUUAAAUAACAGUGCUUAUAAAAAUGCAGAAAGUAAUUAUUUAGAUGAAUUGGUUCAAUUUGAAGUUUUAAAAAAAGUGGAAAAUGAUUUGAACAAGUAUUGGAGAGCCCUUGAAUAUUCAUUACAAUUAUUUCAUAAAGAUCGGAUGUUAAGUAUCAAUGCUAUUAUUAAAGAACUUUGGAGUUCUAUAUACAAUGGAAAUGAUAUAGACUAUAUUGAAAUUAAAACAUCUGAUGAUGACUAUAAACAAUUGACAGAAACAAGCAAAAGAAGAACUCAUAACUAUCGAGUUGUACAAUGGAAAAAUAACAUUGAAUUAGAUAUGCGAGGAAGAUGCAGUGCUGGUCAAAAAGUUUUAGCUUGCCUUAUAAUCCGAAUGGCUUUGGCUGAAACAUUUAGUAAAAACUGUGGUAUACUUGCACUUGAUGAACCAACAACUAAUUUAGAUGAACCUAACAUAGUGAAUUUAGCAGAUUCAUUGUCACAAAUAAUAACUCGUCGUAGUUGUCAAAAAUCAUUCCAACUAAUCAUCAUUACUCAUGAUCCUCAAUUUUUACGCAAGCUAUCAGCCAGUGAUAAAGUUGAUAAAUUUUAUAAAGUGAAAAGAUGUCGUAAAAGAGGAAUGUCGAUUGUAAGCGAAGAAGAUAUUAAAUUGUUAUAACAUAAUCAAGUGAUAUCUUUAAUAUUAAUUAUCCUACAUACAAUCAAGUAUUUAUAAUAAAACAAAAAUAUUAUUUCAUAAAUUUUAAUUGCAUUAAAAAUUAGCUUUUAAAUUAUAUUUUCUCAGAAAGUUGAUAAUAUUAAUACUUAUUUUAUCUUGAUGUGUAAAAAAAUUAAUCAUACUAAUUGAUUAAAAUAUUGUAUGCUAUUCUUCGUAAUUAUUUUGUUUAUUGUUAUUAAAUAAUCACGUCAGCCAAUUUAAUUAUUUAAGUGUUUACUACCACAAUUUUUUCUU